GAAAUCUGUAACUCCGAAGAGACAUUAUCAGGAAUGAUGGGUCCUGGCGAUGUAAUUGAAAGUAUAUGGAAUAAAUGCAAAUUCUCAUGUGGUUGUCUAAUGAGAAUUAUUAUUACUGAAAUUUAUGAUCCGACAAAGUUUUGGUUUGUCCUUGACGAUGAAGAUCAUUUUCAGUUGAUGAAUAAGAUGAUGGAUGAAAUGCAGGAAUAUUACGAAAACAACCAAGAGUCAUUAAAAAUUAAUAAUUUGCAAAAGAAUAUGUACUGUGCCGCUAGUUAUGCAAAUAGUUGGCAGAGAGCCUAUAUCGUGGAUGUGGAAGAAACUACUAAAGUUAAGCUGUAUUUCAUUGACUACGGAUCGCUGAUAGUGGCAGACACUUCUACGAUUCGUUAUUUAUCCAAGGACUUCCAGUCUUUACCUAAACAGGUCAUUCGUGGACGUCUCGACUUCAUCAUUCCAACAAACAAUAGCACACAUUGGGAUUUGUUUGUUUGUAGAUUCUUCUUUAAACUAAUUGAAGAAAGGAGGCUUCUGUGCUUGACAACUGAAAUUGAUGAAGAGAAUAAUAUUAUAUGGAUGACCAUCAAGGAUUUCGAGCACCAUAAAACCAAUCCUGAAACUUUAACAUUAAAUGAAAUAUUAGUGAAAAAAGGAUACGCUGCGAUUUGCCCGGACGCUUAUUGUAUCACAAAACCCCAACCAGGCAACUGUCGAAUGUUCAUGGACUACCUACUACCAAUGUUCAGCGAUUUAGAAAAUGGCAGCACAUACACCUACUCAGAUCUUCUUCGACUCGAGAAGAAUGGCUACAAUCUUUAUUUCAUUAUACGAGAGAUUAAAAGAUUCCUAAAACAAACUUAUAAGGAGAUUUAUAAUCUGGAUUUGACCAAUAAUAAUUUAAAUUGCUGUGGCCAUUUUAUGAUCAAUCGAUAUAGGUAUGCUGAGACAGAGAAGGAAAAGGAGUGGAUCGAGAAUUUGGAUAAGAAUGCUCUUCCUUAUAAUAAUGAUCCUGUGAAUGCUGAAGUGCCUUCUGCGUCCUCGGGGGAGACAGACACGGAAGGGCUUGAACAUUUGAGAGUUUAUAGCAUUGGUGGACACGACAUGUACUGCACUGUCGUCAACUACAGAAUUUAUGUGCUGACAGAAGAAUUCAUUAAAAAAUUAAUGCCAAAUUAUACAUCAGAGGAAAUCGCAACAAAAAUGAACAUCGCCGGUUUGAAAUGCAGAAGUGUCAAAAUCACUUUAGAAUCACAUCCUGAAAUAUUUUUGGAGUUCCAGAGAGCUAACAUCCCGAUAGAAGUUAAGGAUGAUUCAGUAUUACAGUUAACUCCUCCGCUUCGAUCAUUGGAUAUGAUUCUUUAUGCAUUCAAAAUAAGUAAUCCAAAAGUGUCUGAAGACGUUGAGAGUAUUUUUAAAGAUGUUGCCUGUUCUGAGUGA